AUGGCUCAGACGUUGAAAGGAAAGCGGCGUCGAGCAGAGGAAUCCCUGCCAGACCGUAUUUCCAACAGGUCAAAGUCAACCGGCACGGCUCGCAUGCCAACGAAUUUUCCUCCCGAAUUCUACGACAGCUUAUCAAAGAUCUGGCUCACGCCUCGUGCCCUGCGAGAGCUCGACCGGCGGAACGAGAAGCUCCCCCCGUCACAUUCUAAGCCUGCGGCAGACUUUGUAAAACCUCGUGGCGCAAAGCUUGCUGCGCUUGCGAGACUUGGUGUUUCCAAGCCUGCCCAGUUUGCGGCAUCUGGAGGUCCAGACCUCAGUGAUCUCAAAGGUUAUCCAGAGCCAACGAACGUUUCUCGCUCGAUGGCGUCGCCAAGGCUCUUGAAUCGUGAUACAGCAUCUCUCGUAUCCUCAAACACCCGGCAAACGCGACCGACUGGAAGAAGGUCUGCCACAAGUAAAAAAAGCAGACGCACAUCGGCAUACGAUGACAACUUCGAGCAGCAUUGUCUUGACUACUGCAUCUACUUUCCUCGGCAUAGAUUUUCCAACGGUAUGCGCCCACCUAAACCGAAGAAUCUUGAAGAGAUUCGUAAAGCUCUCAAAAAGCCAGGGCCCUCUCUUUUCCCUUCCACGGUCCACAAGACAGCCCACGAGACAGCUCACGAAGACUUCUUGGAUAAACUGCCGGGUGCAACCGAAGGUGACCUGGUGCGCAGACUAAUUCCGCUUCUCGUUGGUGACACGGACAUCCCGAAUAGUGGCAACUGCAUGUUUACCAACUUAAUCUCAAGGACGGGGGAUACUACAGUUACACUAAAGCCUGAUUACUUCGAAGGGGCUCUUCUCGAAGAUGUGGACACGACUGUAAGACAAAGUCUAAACAACCAAAUAAUACCAACAAAAAAUGCAGAAACACCCAUCGUGCCCAAUUUCUUUCUCGAAUUCAAAAACAACGCAGGAAAAAUGAAGGUAGCGGAGAGACAAACUACUAUGAACGGUGUGCAAGGGGCGUAUAUAAUGCACGCCCUGCAGAAUUAUCUCCCGGAUGAGAAACCUGAAUACGAUGGCAAAGCCUAUGCAUUCACAGCAACUCUAGUUGAUACAUACCUCAGACUAUACGCACACCAUCUGAUUGCCCCUACACAGCGCGGUAAACAACCUGGUUGCUAUGCCACUUUGCUUAAAGCUUAUGCGCUAGACGAUGAGGAGGCUUAUUUGACAGGUAGGACAGCAUUCAGAAAUUUGAGGAUGAGGGCAAAAGAGGACCGCGACCGCUUUAUUGCUAGUGCCAAUGCGAGGGCGCGGCGCCAAAACACAGCAGAUGAAGACGUAGAGGAGGACAUAGACGACGAUGGAAGCACGGAAAGGGGUGACAACUUCAGCAGGGCUGGAGAAGAACAGCAAGACCAAGGCUCAAGUCCUCUCAACUUUUACGACGCCCAUACGUUUAUCGAGCCGGGCAGGGACACCCAGGACGCUGCCCAAGAUGCCACCCAGGAGACCCAGAACAUCACCCAGGACAGCCAAUUGAAUAAUGCUGGGGUGGCCCUUGACUAUAAUACGGACGAUGCCGAGAUUGGCAUUGAGGGGACGUCUAGCUUUACAUCGGUUAGUUACGAAGAUUACCGGCGACCUCGGCGUCAGAUCAAACGAGUUCGCAGUCCUCUAGCAUCUUCUUCUACUCGGCAAACACCACGCAAUGCCGCGUCUUCUUCUACUCGGAAAAGAGCACGUAGUCCUCCGUCUCCUCCUGUCACUCGGCAGCGUAAGAGACGACUUGAGUCGGCGGGAUGA